AUAUAAACUAGCUUCUUUGUCAAAGAGUGAGAAUAUUCUAGAACUCAAUUUUCAUCUCAAAAAUACAAAUACGGUUCAUCUUUGGCGGAGCUUCGUCGCCUUCUUCCGGUGUUCUCUUUCCCCUCCCUCGAUGACGACAAUUCGUAGGUUUUGCUGCAACGACCUUCUUCGUUUUACAAAUGUGAAUCUUGACCAUCUCACUGAAACGUUUAAUAUGUCCUUCUACAUGACCUAUCUUGCGCGAUGGCCCGAUUAUUUCCAUGUUGCUCAAGCUCCUGGCAACCGAAUUAUGGGUUACAUUAUGGGUAAGGUCGAGGGGCAGGGAGACUCUUGGCAUGGUCAUGUAACUGCAGUAACCGUUGCUCCAGAGUAUCGCAGGCAACAGUUAGCCAAGAAACUAAUGAAUCUUCUGGAAGACAUCAGUGACAAUAUUGACAAAGCCUACUUUGUUGAUCUAUUUGUGAGAGCUUCAAAUGCACCAGCCAUCAAGAUGUAUGAAAAGCUUGGCUAUGUGAUAUAUCGACGAGUGCUACGUUAUUAUUCGGGGGAAGAAGAUGGAUUGGAUAUGAGAAAAGCAUUAUCUCAUGAUGUUGAAAAGAAGUCCAUCAUCCCUCUUAAACGGCCGGUAACUCCUGAUGAAUUAGAAUAUGACUAAAUUUAUUUUUAUGCAACUAUGUUGCAUGAGCUUAUUUUGUUUCUUAAAGCAAAUAUAUCGAUUGCGUAUUGGAAGUUAUAUUUUUGUUCAAUUAUGUUGCAUGAGCUCUGUAACUUCUGACGAAUUAGAGUGUGACUAAAUUAUGAAUGUGCGACUAAAUUUCUUUUUAUGGAACUAUGUUGCAUGA